CUCGCCGAGUGAGCUCCUGUCGCUCGUUGUCUCGAUAAUCGUAUGUUUUCGUGUAUUGUGUUCUGAAAUAUAUUAUCUGUACUUUUACAUUUAGUGUCAAGUUAAGUUUUUUUUUAAUGUGAAUUACAGUUUAAGUGGAACAUUAAAAUUUGGAUUGGAGUUUUUUAUUAAAACUUGUGACCGUGAACAUCUUGGCACAUCGAUAAACAGAGUCACAUGAAAGUCAAACGAAGGCCUACUUUCAACGAAAAGGCAAAGAAGAAUAGUAAUGAAGGGAUUCAGCCAAUGCUAACAUUUGGAUCUACACACGGUUCGAAUAAACGAUUCUUUUUUUGAUAAUGGCCGAAGAGAAAAAGAAGAAAGACUCCAGUGCAUUGUUAUCGAAAAAGAAAAAAGUGAAGCCACGAAAAUCCCGCGACGCAGACUGCUUGAGUGUCAAUUUCCUGAAGUGUGUUCUACAUAUUUUUAACGUCAUAUUUAUGUUUGCAGGUAUAGGGGUAUUAAUAGUGGGUGCAUGGACAGUGGCGUCGCGGCAUAGGUUCGUGCCGUUACUGCCCACCCCGACCUACCCCGCUAUCGCCUACCUGUUAGUGAUCGCUGGGGGCAUGGGCGUGCCCCUCUGUGCAUUGGGAUGCUGCGGUCUCAAAACUGAAAACAGAACAAGUUUACUAUGUUACACAUACUUCCUGCUGUUUACCUUCAUACUGGAGUUAGGCGCAGGAGGGCUGGCGUAUUACUACGAGGUUGCGGUUGAAUUUGAACUGAAAGCAGAACUCAACAACACAUUCAUAGCUAACUACGCACUAGACGUAGUGGUUACGGACGCGGUCGACCUCAUGCAAUCAGAGUUUAAAUGCUGCGGCGCGUCGCGGUACUCGGACUGGCGACGCAGCGCGUGGCACGAGCACGACCCGCGCCUGCUCGUGCCCGACUCCUGCUGCAAGACGGUCACCUCGCGCUGCGGCAUGCGCGACCAUCCCUCCAACAUAUACCACAAUGGUUGUGUGGCUCCAUUUACGAGUCACAUCCGGGAGCAUCUAAUAAUCCUUGCAGCGGUGGGGGUCGGGAUGUCCGUUAUACCGAUAUUCGGUUUUCUAUUCUCAUGCAUCCUCUACGUUAAAAUAAAGCACGUGAUAGACUGACACAGAAAGAAGCAGGCCAAGCCCGCUGCUAACAGGAAGGUGUUCGAUAAAUCUGCUAGCGCCGGAGACUUGACCAAGUACCAGAAGGCCGGCCCGCGCACUCUGAAGCCUCCAGAACGUUCUAGAACGAAGCACAGCAGGCGCGCGCCUUGUCCUCUACAUCAUAAGAAACCACCCAUUUCGACUAUCAGUGAUAAUGUUAGUAUAUAAUAUUUUUUUUUAAUUACACGUUUUUGAAUGAAACGGUCUUGUACUUUGGUUCGGCUUUUACAUGUUAAAUGUUAAUACCAAAAAUAUUUGUUUUUUUUUCUGAUUAAGCAAUUGAUUUAACUGUUUUUUGUUCUUGAUACUAGAUUGUUUUAGCUUCUUAUUUACAUAUUUCAUUCUUUUAAUAAGAUUUACUUUUUGUGUAUAGAGGAAUAGUCAAAGACCGAAUUAAUAUCAGUCGUGUACUUAGUUAUUUUGUAAAUAUUGUAAUAACCCAGAGAUAAGUGAAACGAAUUAAUUUAUUACGAUAAAAGUUCAAAGGGCUUAUCUUGAACAUACGUGAGUAUGUUUCAAAAUGCAAUCUUUUUACGAAUGUGCUUUCACCAUUGUCACACAAAUAUUCCUGAUAGGCCCUCUUAACAUUGCUCAUGUUUUCCUUGGUUUAUUAUAUUUUCUAGCAAUAGAAAUAUAUUGAAUUUGGAAUAAAUUAAACGUGUUCAUGUGUUUUAAAAUUAAUUUGUUUACUUAUCUCGAAUUUGUUUUAAUGGUGCUAUACUGUAAGUGUAUAUUAUCGCAUUAGUUCUAAUUAAAUUUAAUGAAUUUUCAUUUGUACAGAACUAAAUUUAAGCAAGUUAAAAGUUACAUAAUAACUACGAUUAAUAUAUUAAUAUAAAAUAAACUUGAAUUAAGCUAUCAGAUUAUUUUUAAUUCACAACAUAAAAU